GAGCCAAUCCUAUCCAGUCCGGUCCUGUCCUUUGCAAACUGCUAUCGAGACUCGCUUUUUCACUCUCACCCCCCAACUCGACCUCCCUCCUCCGCCCUGCCCUUUCCGCGAAAACGAAAAGAGAGAAAAAAUCCAUCGCCCUCUUUUUCCACGACGACGGCAAUGAGGGUGACGUCGAAGUUGUAAAUAUUUAUCUGCCCAAGUCGGCGGAAGUCACUCUUUUGAUCACCUAGCUUUACCCAUUGAGCGCUGUAGAAGCAGCUGCAACAAAAAGGGCAACGCCAUGAACGACGCUGAGCCAUCACUCUUUCUGGCCAGACACGAGCAUGCACAUGGACAAUCUCACCACAAUCAUUUAAAACAACACCAAAAAUUCCACAAACGGCAAACGACGGUCAUUGAAACGGCGACGGCUGAAGCUUCCGCCAUAACAGAGGUCUUUCAGACAAUAUCCGUCGUCCAACAGGUUGAUGUCGAUAGCAAUGGAUCGACAUUCGCGGUCCAGACCCUUCCAGCAAGUGACUACUCGUCUUUGAAUAUACAGGCCGCAGCAACAACAACGCCCUCGACGUCUUCGAGUACGAGUACGAGUACAGAUAUUACUUCCACACUUUCUACAGAUCUUGGGGCUCAAGCUACAUCGUCUGGCCAAGUCGUCCUAUCGUUAUCAUCGAGCACUGAUGUGACUUCGACUUCCACUCCUUCCACUAGCUUUUCUACUUUCACUCCUAAUUCUAAUUCAACUACAUUAAUUUCUAGCUCAGUUCCGAAUUCAACUCCAGUCUCAGUAUCAGUUUCGAUUUCAGGUACAUUUUCAAGUUCUACAACAUUAUUUUCAAACGCAACUGCUUCUCCUUCAAUCUCCUCCUCAUCCUCAUCAUCCACAUCAUCCACGUCGUCUACAUCAUCCACGUCGUCUACGUCGUCUACAACUAAUACUACCGCACUUUCCUUCGCUGGUUCAACUUCGACGUCCUCAUUCGAAACUUUCGCAUCGACGGUAACGUCUUCCUUUUUAUCACCAUCCUCAUUUCUUUCUUCGGCUGCAUCGUCAACGUCUUCAAUUUCAGACUCGGACACGUUCUCGUCAUCGUCAUCAUCAUCAUCAUCAUCAUCGCCAUCUCAAACAGAUUCGACUAGCAGUAGUGUUUACGUUGGGGGAGGCACAGGCACUGGUUCGGCGUCAGGGGGUAGCGGUGCUACAAGUACUGCCGUUGCUGGGAGUGGUAGUAGUGGUAAUGGAACAGAUGAUAGUUCAACGCCAUCGACGUCCACAAUAGUAGGCGGUGUGGUUGGUGGAGUAGCUGGUCUUGCUGCAAUUUUGUUUCUUCUGAUGUUUGUAUUGAGAUGGAAGAAGAAGAAUGGUGGCAUGUUGUCUCUUGGAAGUGUACCUCCUUCGGCAGUUGCAGGUGGUGGAAGUAGUGGAGGAGCUGGUGGGAAUGGCGGCAGCGAUCCAGCAAACCAAGCCCGAGGUUUCUCGAAUCAAGCUUCUGGUAGCAUGACAGAGCGUAGAUCACUCGCUAUGGCUGUACCUGCAGCGCUGGCCAGUCUCUCGAAAACUAAGCGAUCCUCUCAAAACACAGCAACUAAUACAAUCUCCUCAGCAGGGAGUGAAAGAGGCUUCUAUAGAGUAUCUGGUAAAAAGCUUCCAUCUGUUUUACAACAUGGAGGUGAUGGUUAUGCUGAACCAAAUCCAAAUACACUGAGUGGAUCGUCCUUCUAUCCCUCUGGAGUGCCUCCUCUCCCCAACUCGAACACUUUGAGUGGCACCUCGUUUUACCGAGAUUCUCAGGGAUUUUAUGGGGGACAACCAAGCCCACCUCUCGAACCCCCAAAUAGAGACUCUGGAGUCCCAGUCAUGAGGCCUAGUCCUGCAAGAACCCCCGUUACAGAGCAUGGCCCUUUUGCAGAACCACCUGUGGCUACCCCACCUAGGCCGGAUGUCCUGGGUCGCUCACACCCCUCACAGGAUGGCUCCCAUCCCUCUAGAUUUACAGAAGAAGUCUGAAAUAAGAAUUCCCGAUAUCUUUCAGGAGAAACCCCGGGAGAUCAUUGGCAUGGAUAAAUGUGAAGGGUUUCGCUUUCUGGCAGGUAUUGUGCAAAUUCUGUCUUGGAAUGUACCUUUUUGGGUAAUUCUUUGAUAUCUGCUGCAAUUCUGCAUUGGGUUUGGCGUUUUUUCCCCUGAUAUUCAGGAUUUUUGAUACCAGUGAGCGCGUGGAGAUUUAUCUGAUUUGCUGCUUCUCGCGUUAUGAUGCCUCUCGGCAAUAUUCAGGGGGAGGGAGUAGUCGAUUUAGGAUAGCCAUUUCUCCUGAGAUCAGUACAUAACUGACACUUGUUCUUUUCCUUGGAGUAGAGUCAAUGAUCUUGUUGGAUAAUAUAGGCGCCGACUUUUAGAGCAGCAGGCGAAUAGCUAGGUUGCAAGAUCAGAGAGGAUGGAAUAAAAGAUAAUGUCUUUUUAUGUGUGAAACCCA